UCUCCGUUUGUUCCAUGUCUUUCAGCAAGGUUGUUCAUCGGGCAUUGGUGCAUGUUACGCUAUGUUAUUGUCUGACAGAGGACCAGUCAGACACCAGACUGAAUGGUGUUACAGAGGGGAGAGUAGACACCAGACUGAAUGGUCUGACAGAGGGGAGAGUAGAGGACCAGUCAGACACCAGACUGAAUGGUGUUACAGAGGGGACGGUAGACACCAGACUGAAUGGUGUUACAGAGGGGAGAGUAGAGGACCAGUCAGACACCAGACUGAAUGGUGUUACAGAGGGGAGAGUAGAGGACCAGUCAGACACCAGACUGAAGGGUCUGACAGAGGACCAGUCAGACACCAGACUGAAUGGUGUUACAGAGGGGAGAGUAGACACCAGACUGAAUGGUCUGACAGAGGGGAGAGUAGAGGACCAGUCAGACACCAGACUGAAUGGUGUUACAGAGGGGAGAGUAGACACCAGACUGAAUGGUGUUACAGAGGGGAGAGUAGAGGACCAGUCAGACACCAGACUGAAUGGUGUUACAGAGGGGAGAGUAGAGGACCAGUCAGACACCAGACUGAAGGGUCUGACAGAGGACCAGUCAGACACCAGACUGAAUGGUGUUACAGAGGGGAGAGUAGAGGACCAGUCAGACACCAGACUGAAUGGUCUGACAGAGGACCAGUCAGACACCAGACUGAAUGGUGUUACAGAGGGGAGAGUAGACACCAGACUGAAUGGUGUUACAGAGGGGAGAGUAGACACCACCAGACUGAAUGGUGUUACAGAGGGGAGAGUAGACACCAGACUGAAUGGUCUGACAGAGGGGAGAGUAGAGGACCAGUCAGACACCAGACUGAAUGGUGUUACAGAGGGGAGAGUAGACACCAGACUGAAUGGUCUGACAGAGGGGAGAGUAGAGGCACAGCCAGACACCAGACUGAAUGGUCUGACAGCGGGGAGAGUAGAGGACCAGUCAGACACCAGACUGAAUGGUGUUACAGAGGGGAGAGUAGAGGACCAGUCAGACUCCAGACUGAAUGGUGUUACAGAGGGGAGAGUAGAGGCACAGUCAGACACCAGACUGAAUGGUGUUACAGAGGGGAGAGUAGAGGACCAGUCAGACACCAGACUGAAUGGUGUUACAGAGGGGAGAGUAGACACCAGACUGAAUGGUCUGACAGAGGGGAGAGUAGAGGACCAGUCAGACACCAGACUGAAUGGUGUUACAGAGGGGAGAGUAGAGGCACAGUCAGACACCAGACUGAAUGGUCUGACAGCGGGGAGAGUAGAGGACCAGUCAGACACCAGACUGAAUGGUGUUACAGAGGGGAGAGUAGACACCAGACUGAGUGGUCUGACAGAGGACCAGUCAGACACCAGACUGAAUGGUGUUACAGAGGGGAGAGUAGAGGCACAGUCAGACACCAAACUGAAUGGAACCACUGUCUAGACGGCUGGACAUAUAGUUAGUGGCAGACAGACAGGCUAUAUUUUUAAACAGUGAGUCGUUUUCAUAAAUGACUUGGUAAAGUACUUCUUGCCUUUGCUGGUUUGAUGCUCAGGUUUUCAGUUGAAGAUAGAGUGUUGUUUUGGUUUUCUCUACUGUAACAAUCUAAUGUCUACUGGAUGGCUCCAGGUACAGUGGGUUAUGUUGCCUUGUAUUACAUAGUGUGGUUUCAUAACCGGCUCCAUUCCAUACCUGCAUCCCAAAAUGGCACCCUAUUCCCUAUAUAGUGCCACUGGUCAACAGUAUAUAGGGAAUAGGGUGCCAUUUGGGACGCAUUCCUUUUAUAAUUUAGAAGACCAGCUGUCAGAAAGGAUGAUCAUUUUUCUCAUCUCCUCGCAGUCUUCCUUAGUGCUAGUAACACUCUGUUUGUGUCGUCCUCUUUUAAAAGGGAUACUGCAUCUUGUGUAACUAGCAACACUAGAAUCAUGUUACCCCUGUAUGUGUUUCAGUAUCUGUGUAAAACAUGUUUAUAUUUUUAGAUUAUGGCCAGUCAGGGUUAAGUCAAACAUCUGUAUGAAACAUCGUAUGAAAUGAAAUGAAUGGAGAUCAGAUGGCUCACAUUUCAAAUCAGGAAAACAAGGCAGAGACACCGAGACCACAGAACACAGAACAGACUGCUGCUCUUGGUCUGAUGCAACAUCAUCUAAAUGUCAGUAGCUAGCAGAGCCAUAUACAGAGAGAGUUGGGCCAGCUUUUAGAAUGGGCGCCAUGUUGCUGCCAUUGAGCAUUCUAUUUAUCCACUCAUAACCAUCAUUUGGAUUCUAAUUUGAAUUCAGGACGUUCAGACUCAGUAAGUCUCCUUGACGUCAUUUGUGAUUAUGAAAUAUGAAACUUUUGUGGCGACAAAACAAACCCAGGCAAUACAUCAUGUGAACAAACCCAGGCAAUACAUCAUGUAAACAAACCCAGACAAGACAUCAUGUAAACAAACCCAGGCAAGACAUCAUGUAAACAAACCCAGACAAGACAUCAUGUAAACAAACCCAGACAAGACUUCAUGUAAACAAACCCAGACAAGACUUCAUGUAAACAAGACAUCAUGUAAACAAACCCAGACAAGACAUCAUGUAAACAAACCCAGACAAGACAUCAUGUAAACAAACCCAGACAAGACAUCAUGUAAACAAACCCAGACAAGACAUAAUGUAAACAAACCCAGACAAGACAUCAUGUAAACAAACCCAGACAAGACAUCAUGUAAACAAACCCAGAGAAGACAUCAUGUAAACAAACCCAGACAAGACAUCAUGUAAACAAACCCAGACAAGACAUCAUGUAAACAAACCCAGACAAGACAUCAUGUAAACAAACCCAGACAAGACAUCAUAUAAACAAACCCAGACAAGACAUCAUGUAAACAAACCCAGACAAGACAUCGUGUAAACAAACCCAGACAAGACAUCAUGUAAACAAACCCAGACAAGACAUCAUGUAAACAAACCCAGACAAGACAGCAUGUAAACAAACCCAGACAAGACAGCAUGUAAACAGACCCAGACAAGACAGCAUGUAAACAAACCCUGACAAGACAUCAUGUAAACAAACCCAGACAAGACAUCAUGUAAACAAACCCAGACAAGACAUCAUGUAAACAAACCCUGACAAGACAUCAUGUAAACAAACCCUGACAAGACAUCAUGUAAACAAACCCUGACAAGACAUCAUGUAAACAAACCCAGACAAGACAUCAUGUAAACAAACCCAGACAAGACAUCAUGUAAACAAACCCAGACAAGACAUCAUGUAAACAAACCCAGACAAGACAUCAUGUAAACAAACCCAGACAAGACAUCAUGUAAAAAAUAAACAGGUAUCAGACAGCUGGGCCAGCCACUCUAUACUAGUCAGUAUCAGACAGCUGGGCCAGCCACUCUAUACUAGUCAGUAUCAGACAGCUGGGCCAGACACUCUAUACUAGUCAGUAUCAGACAGCUGGGCCAGCCACUCUAUACUAGUCAGUAUCAGACAGCUGGGCCAGACACUCUAUACUAGUCAGUAUCAGACAGCUGGGCCAGACACUCUAUACUAGUCAGUAUCAGACAGCUGGGCCAGACACUCUAUACUAGUCAGUAUCAGACAGCUGGGCCAGACACUCUAUACUAGUCAGUAUCAGACAGCUGGGCCAGCCACUCUAUAUUAGUCAGUAUCAGACAGCUGGGCCAGCCACUCUAUAUUAGUCAGUAUCAGACAGCUGGGCCAGCCACUCUAUAUUAGUCAGUAUCAGACAGCUGGGCCAGACACUCUAUACUAGUCAGUAUCAGACAGCUGGGCCAGACACUCUAUACUAGUCAGUAUCAGACAGCUGGGCCAGCCACUCUAUACUAGUCAGUAUCAGACAGCUGGGCCAGCCACUCUAUAUUAGUCAGUAUCAGACAGCUGGGCCAGCCACUCUAUACUAGUCAGUAUCAGACAGCUGGGCCAGACACUCUAUACUAGUCAGUAUCAGACAGCUGGGCCAGCCACUCUAUAUUAGUCAGUAUCAGACAGCUGGGCCAGCCACUCUAUAUUAGUCAGUAUCAGACAGCUGGGCCAGCCACUCUAUACUAGUCAGUAUCAGACAGCUGGGCCAGCCACUCUAUACUAGUCAGUAUCAGACAGCUGGGCCAGACACUCUAUACUAGUCAGUAUCAGACAGCUGGGCCAGCCACUCUAUAUUAGUCAGUAUCAGACAGCUGGGCCAGCCACUCUAUAUUAGUCAGUAUCAGACAGCUGGGCCAGCCACUCUAUACUAGUCAGUAUCAGACAGCUGGGCCAGCCACUCUAUAUUAGUCAGUAUCAGACAGCUGGGCCAGCCUCCAUUUUUUAUUUAACCUUUAUUUAACUCUGCAAAUCAGUUAAGAACAAAGUCUUGAUUUCAAUGACGGCCUAGGAACAGUGGGUUAACUGCCUUGUUCAGGGGCCGAACGACAGAUUUUGUACCUUGUCAGCUCGGGGAUUCGAUCUUGCAUUCCAGGGUUUGUCUUGUAGAAUAAUAGUGAAUAUAUCAAAACUAUGAAAUAACACAUAUGGAAUCAUGUAGUAACCAAAAAAAUGUUAAACAAAUCAAAAUAUAUUUUAGAUUUUCAAAGUAGCCACCCUUUGCCUUGAUGACAGCUUUGCACACUCUUGGGCAUUCUAUCAACCAGCUUCAUGAGGCAGUCACCUGGAAUGCAUUUCAAUUAACAGGUGUGCCUUGUUAAAAGUUCAUGCGUUUGAGCCAAUCAGUUGUGUUGUGACAAGGUAGGGUGGGUAUAUCGAAGAUAGCACUAUUUGGAAAAAGACCACGUUGACAGUCCAUCAUUACUUUAAGACAUGAAGGUCAGUCAAUCCGGAGAAUUUCAAGAACUUUGAAAGUUUCAAGUGCAGUCGCAGAAACCAUCAAGCGCUAUGAUGAAACUGGCUCUCGUGAGGACCGCCACAGGAAAGAAAGAACCAGAGUUACCUCUGCUGCAGAGGAUAAGUUCAUUAGAGUUAACUGCACCUCAGAUUGCAGUUUAUUCUGUAUCACUCAACUCUCAUUCAUGAGUCUUGUUUGUACUGAGAGGGAUAUAGCUAGAUAUGUUAAUGUGUUGCUGUAAUCCUUGAUGUAGACGCACAGAUAGAACAAAUUAUCAAUAACCCUAAUUCAUCAUAAUUAUCUGGAGAAAUGUGACCUGAUCAAUAACCCUAAUGCAUCAUAAUUACUGGAGAAAUCUGACCUGAUCAAUAACCCUAAUGCAUCAUAAUUACUGGAGAAAUGUGACCUGAUCAAUAACCCUAAUGCAUCAUAAUUACUGGAGAAAUGUGACCUGAUCAAUAACCCUAAUGCAUCAUAAUUACUGGAGAAAUGUGACCUGAUCAAUAACCCUAAUGCAUCAUAAUUACUGGAGAAAUGUGACCUGAUCAAUAACCCUAAUGCAUCAUAAUUACUGGAGAAAUCUGACCUGCAAUUUAUAAACAAAGUUGCUGUAGUUAUAAUUCAUAAAACUGCCAUUUGUAUUACUUUGAAGGGAUCCAAAUGGCAAAUGAAUCUAUACAUUUCUAGAUAUAUUAAACCAUAAAAAAGUGACAUUUUAUUUAGGACAUUCUGAGUCUGGCUUUAAAAUGAUUAAGAAAAUGCAAUGAUCUGCUAUUGGUCAAUAUUGUCCAUGGUGAGCCACCAUGGCUGCCAUAUAGAAUUAUGUAGGGGAUAAUCAACGAGGGUCUAUGCAUUCUCUGGUGAAUAUUGCCCAUGGUGAGCCACCAUGGCUGCCAUAUGGAAUUAUGUAGGGGAUAAUCAACGAGGGUCUAUGCAUUCUCUGGUCAAUAUUGAGCGGCGUGGAAGGUGUGGCAGAGUGGAACGGAUCUUCCAAGGAGUUGCAUUAUGUCCAAAUACCGCAUAGAGUCCUGAGUUGAUUAUCCCUUUUAUGCCAUGGCUAUAAUUUAACAUUUGCCACUAAAAAUGUGAUCAUUUAGGGCUCUCGAGUGGCGCAGCGGUCUAAGGCACUGCAUCUCAGUGCAAGAGGUGUCACUACAGUCCCUGGUUCAAAUCCAGACUGUAUCCCAUCUGGCCCAUGAUUGGAAGUCCCAUAGGGACUUGCACAAGUGGCCAGUGUAGGCACAGAACAGAUGCUUGUCAGGACCCAAUGGCUAACUGGUACCCUAGUCCCUACAAAUAAGAAUUUGUUCUUAACUGACUUGCCUAGUUAAAGAAAAGUUCAAUUAAAGAAAGGUUUAACAUCAAUUUACUAGAUACUGUAGUUGCUGGGGUAACAAACAGACUUGUUAGUCUAACCAAACCGUCAGUCCUAGCUUGUUAUUAUGAAAAUCUAAUUCAACAAUACCAAAACUGUUUUCAAUUCCACAUUUUCUUUCAAAUGCAGCUCAAACAAAACAUGUACAAAUUUAACUAUAGCCAUUGAAUUCUACCGUGCUGAUAUACCAUGCAUUAUUGGGAAAUAAUACACACUCUAGAAUGCCCUUCAAGCCAACCAGAAACGAGUAUUCAACAAUGCCAUGGUAUAAUUGAUUGUAGUGUCCUAACUAUCUAAACAGAUGACUCUGGUAGCUACUCCUCCUGUCCUGUCCUGUCUGUCUGUGUAUAAACCAUUGACUAAUGUUGUAUGAACUCUGACCCGUAGUAUGUUCUGACCCCUGUCACAUGACCAGCGUCAGAGCCUCAGCUAUGGGCCACUGUCCCUGAUCAGCUGACUGGGGUGACGGUAAUGAUGUGAGAAUUGAAGGAUCGAUCAAUCCUGUGGAUGAAGAUGUGGAAUACCAGUAUAGACUUUUGGCACCCUAUUCCCUUUAUAGUGCACUACUUUUGACCAGGGCCCAUUGGGGCAAUUUAGGGACUAGUGUACCAUUUAGUCAUCGACCACUGGGUCCUAGUGGCUGUUGUGUUUUGUUCCACACCUUCCUCCUUCAAUGUGUAUUGUUAUCAGUUGAAUCAGACCACGAUGUUAUGUUCUGUUAACAAUGUCUUGCUGAGUCCUGUGAAGUACAACUUUUGUAUUGUUUUCAUAUCAUUUGUCUUUUUUUGUAGCUGGCCUCCAUGAUUAUUAAUUCAUUCUGGAUGACCUCUCCAGGAGAGUUGACUUAUUUUAAUUUCAGGAAGCUUUAGAAUGAUUGGUUGUCUUUAUCCUAUUGAUAUUAUUAUAAUUGGACAGAUAACACAAUUACACGCUGAGUGAUGAAAGGUGUUAUUAAUGUCAUACUUCUUUGGAUCUAAAAAAAACAAACAUUUUGUUGAUCGGUCUUGGGUGGGUACGGUUGAAGAGCCUAACUAUCUCUCUAGUAUUAUCUGUCUAUUGGCAGCUGCUGAACCUAACUAUCUCUCUAGUAUUAUCUGUCUAUUGGCAGCUGCUGAACCUAACUAUCUCUCUAGUAUUAUCUGUCUAUUGGCAGCUGCUGAACCUAACUAUCUCUCUAGUAUUAUCUGUCUAUUGGCAGCUGCUGAACCUAACUAUCUCUCUAGUAUUAUCUGUCUAUUGGCAGCUGCUGAACCUAACUAUCUCUCUAGUAUUAUCUGUCUAUUGGCAGCUGCUGAACCUAACUAUCUCUCUAGUAUUAUCUGUCUAUUGGCAGCUGCUGAACCUAACUAUCUCUCUAGUAUUAUCUGUCUAUUGGCAGCUGCUGAACCUAACUAUCUCUCUAGUAUUAUCUGUCUAUUGGCAGCUGCUGAACCUAACUAUCUCUCUAGUAUUAUACCUCUAUUGGCAGCUGCUGGGAACCAGAGCCAUAUAUACAUGUGCAUACAUAUAGUAUGGCUCUGUUGGAUCUAUUACAACAUAAUCAUCUGUCUGACAUGAGUCUGGGGUUAGUCAGUAUUCUGGGGUUAGUCAGUAGUCUGGGGUUAGUCAGUAGUCUGGGGUUAGUCAUGAGUCUGAGUCUGUCUGAUUAGGAACUUUCAGGAGGAAGUAGUAUCCAGCCUUUCUGUUCUCUACUGUAUAUCUUAACUAGAACCAGCACUAUGCUGACCCAUGUCGCCUGCUGCCAUGGUUUGUCAGAAUUGUCUGUCCAUCAUUCUAUCUAGAGCCUACAAUAUAACACUUGCUGUUGAAGUCACAUGCGCUACAUAGCCAAAAGUAUGUGGACACGCCUUCAAAUUAGUGGCUUCGGCUAUUUCAGCUACACCCGUUGCUGACAGGUGUAUAAAAUUGAGCACACAGCCAUGCAAUCUCCUUAGACAAACAUUCUCAGUAGAAGGGUCUUACUGAAGAGCUCAGUGACUUUCAACGUGGCACCGUCAUAGGAUGCCACCUUUCCAAUAAGUAAAUUCGUCAAAUUGGUAGGUGAUGAAGUGCGUAAAAAUUGUCUGUCUCAUUUGUAACACUCACUACCGAGUUCCAAACUGCCUCUGGAAGCAACGUCAGCACAAGAACUGUGUGUCAGGAGCUUCAUGAAAUGGGUUUCCAUGGCCGAGCAGCCGCACACAAGCCUAAGAUCACCAUGCGCAAUGCCAAGUGUCGGCUGGAGUGGUGUGAAGCUCGCUGCCAUUAGACUCUGGAGCAGUGGAAACGCUUUACCACAGUCCGAUGGACGAAUCUGGGUUUGGCGGAGGCCAAGAAAGAGCUACUUGCCCGAAUGCAUAGUGCCGACUGUAAAGUUUGGUGGAGGAGGAAUAAUGGUCGGGGCUGUUUUUCACGCUUCGAGCUAAGCCCCUUAGUUCCAGUGAAGGGAAAUCUUAAUGCUGCAACAUACAAAACAUACAAUGACAUUCUAGACGAUUCUGUGCCUCCAACUUUGCGGCAACAGUUUUUAUGUUAUUUGUAUUUAUUUAACUAGGCAAGUUUGGAGAAGCCCCUUUUCUGCUUCAGCAUGUUAAUGCCCCAGUGCACAAAGCAAGGUCCAUACAGAAAUGGUUUGUUGAGAUCUGUGUGGAAGAACUUGACUGGCCUUCACAGAGCCCUGACCUCAACCCCAUCGAACACCGUUGGGAUGAAUUGGAACGCCAACCGCGAGCCAGACCUAAUCGCCCGAACAUCAGUGCCUGACCUCACUAAUGCUCUUGUGGCUCAAUGGAAGCAAGUCCCCGCAACAAUGUUCCAACAUCUAGUGGAAAGCCUUCCCAGAAGAGUGGAGGCUGUUAUAGCAGCAAAGGGGGGGACCAACUCCAUAUUAAUGCCCAUGAUUUUGGAAUGAGAUGUUUGACAAAAAGGUGUCCACAUACUUUUGGUCAUCUAGUAUAUCAUGGUUGAAUUUCACAGUCUUUAAAUCAAUGCUCAAGACAGUAAAUGUUUACAAUGGUGUUAUUACCAGGGUAUGCAGAUAUGCGGCUUGGAUUGAACAGUGACAGUUCUGUAGUAGGUACAACAAAUGGGCUUCAGAGCAGAGCAGGUUUGAAAACACUUUAUCAGGUCUAUUUAUAUAUAGGUUAAUCAGACUCAUGUUUUUUUCUCUCUUUCUUUCGAUGUCCUUCUGUCUCUCUGUCCCCAAAUUACAGGUGACUUACCUCUGAGUUUCUGUGUCCGUGUCUUUAGCUGUAAUCAUUCUUCUCAACUCGCCCAACACGUGUUGUUUUGUUGUCCCGCCUUCUUCCUUCUUCUCCUUUUGAAUGGCACUAUGAUCAACCAAUCCUGUCCAUUUCCCAUAUAAUCCAGUGUACAGUGCAAUGGGAACCAGGAAGAAUAAAUCAAAUAAAUAAAUAGCUGCAUGGAAUAAACACUGAUGUAC